UCCGCUUCCUUCCGGUCUCCGCUGCCGCGGUGCUCGCGCCGCGCCACCUCCUGGGCUCGGCAACGGCGAGCACCAGUACCCGACGGCGGGCAGUCCGGGCUCUGCCGGACGCCGGGCGACCCAGCGGGCCAGCGCGGACGCGCCUGCUCGCCAUGGGCCCCCUUACGGCGCGGCUGCUCAUGCAGCGCGGGCGACCCAAGAGCGACCGGUUGGGGAAGAUCCGGAGCCUGGACCUGUCAGGGCUGAAGCUGCUCUCUCAGCACCUGGACCCGAAGCUCCUGAGCCGCCUGAAGCAGCUGCAGGAGCUCGACCUCUCCAACAACCAGCUGGAGACGCUGCCGGCCAACCUGGGCCUGUCCCACCUGCGCAUCCUCCGCUGUGCCAACAACCAGCUGGGGGAUGUCACUGCCUUGUGCCAGUUCCCGCAGCUCGAGGAGCUUAGCCUGGAGGGCAACCCCUUCCUGACGGUCAGUGACAACCUCAAAGUCUCCUUUCUCCUGCCCAAGCUACGUAAGGUCAAUGGCAAGGAUGCGUCUUCGACCUGCACUCAGGUGGAGAACCUGAACCGGGAACUGACCCACAGGGUCACAGCUCACUGGGAGAAGUUCAUGGCUGCACUGGGCCCUGGAGAGGAGGCUGAGAAAGCCCAGGCAGACUUCGUGAGGUCCGCCGUCAGGGAUGUGCGCUAUGGACCCGAAUCCCUCCGCGAGUUCACCCAGUGGCGAGUGCGGAUGAUCUCUGAGGAGUUGGUAGCCUCCGGUAGGACCCAGGUGCAUGAGGCAGACUUCCCAAAGACGCCCCUGGAAACCACAGCUACCUACAAGCCCAGGGCCAGGCUGGUGGCCUUGAAACGGCCGGAUGAGGUCCCACCCAACCUCCCCUCAACCAAGCGGGCUUGUACCUCCCCGUCCCCGUCGGCGCAGAUGGAGGACGGCCCCGCGGGUCCUGCGGGCGGCCAGCCUGCCCUGCAGCUGGAGCCCCUGCACUUCCUGCAGUGCCACAGCAGGAACAACAGCCCCCAGGACCUGAAGACCCAGCUGUGGGCCUGUGCCUUCGAGCCAGCCUGGGAGGAGGGGCACUCGGGGGCCACCUCCCAGACUGUGGCCACCUGUGGCGGGGAGGCGGUUUGCGUGAUAGACUGCCAGACGGGCAUCGUGCUCCACAAGUACAAGGCGCCUGGUGAGGAGUUCUUCUCAGUGGCCUGGACAGCCCUGAUGGUGGUCACACAGGCAGGCCACAAGAAGCGCUGGAGCGUGCUGGCGGCUGCAGGCCUGCGGGGCCUGGUCCGGCUGCUGCACGUGCGGGCGGGUUUCUGCUGUGGAGUCAUCCGGGCACACAAGAAGGCCAUCGCCACCCUCUGCUUCAGUCCCACCCACGAGACCCACCUGUUCACGGCCUCCUAUGACAAGCGGAUCAUCCUCUGGGACAUUGGGGUGCCCAACCAUGACUAUGAGUUCCAGGCCAGCCAGCUGCUCACACUGGACUCCGCCUCCAUCCCCCUGCGCCUCUGCCCCGUCGCCUCCUGCCCGGAUGCCUACCUGCUGGCUGGCUGUGAGGGCGGCUGCUGCUGCUGGGACGUGCGGCUGGACCAGCCCCAAAAGAGGAGGGCAUGCGAGGUUGAGUUUGUCUUUGCCACCGGCUCCGAGGCAUCUGGGCGGAGAGUGGACGGGCUGGCAUUUGUGAAUGAGGACGUUGUGGCCUCCAAGGGAAGUGGCCUGGGCACCAUCUGCCUGUGGAGCUGGAGCCAGACGUGGCUGGGCCGGGGCAGCCAGUCCCCACUGGCUGUGGUGGUCCUGGCCCGGCUGCAGUGGUCAUCCACGGAGCUGGCCUACUUCUCGCUCAGCACCUGCCCCGACAAGGGGAUCGUGCUCUGUGGGGACGAGGAGGGCAGCGUGUGGAUCUACGAUGUCAGGCACAUCCUGAAGCAGCCACCUCCACAGCUGGCAGCCCCACAGGCCCCGGUGCAGAUCCUUAAGUGGCCUCAGCCCUUGGCGCUUGGCCAGCCGGUGACCAAGACCAUGGUGAACACUGUGGUGGCCAAUGCUGCCUUGACCUACCUCACCGCUCUGACGGACUCCAACAUCGUAGCCAUCUGGAGGAGAUGUUAGCGAGGCAGGAGCUCCUGCCUCUGCCACAGAGCACCGGGGACACAGCUUAACUUAUUUAGCUCCGGGCUAAGGUGGGUGUUUUUAUCAGUGGUGUUUUUAUUAAAUCCUCUAUUACGGA